CUCUUUUGCGGUACUUAUAAACCCCACCUUAUCCUCAGCAGUCCCGGGCUUCAAUUCCUUGUGAGGCUACCUUCGACAGGAAUACCAACAAAACUCAGCAGAAAUCAUACGGGAAACUUGGAAAUUGGCACCAUGGUUCUCGACGUUACCGAUUUCAUCACGGAGCGGGGCGGCAAUCCUGAGAAGAUCAGGGAGUCGCAGCGCCGCCGCCAUGCUCCGGUCGAGGUCGUUGACGAGAUCAUCGCCAUGUGGGAUGACCACAGGAGGACGCAAUACGCUGCCACGCAGAUGAACGCGCAAAUCAACGAUGUCCAGAAAAAGAUUGGAGCCAAGAAGAAGGCAAAGGAAGACGCCAGCGAGUUCCUCCAGGAGAAGAUUGCUCUCGAAAAGGCCAAGAAGGAGCUCAUCGACUCGGCAGCUGAGAAGCAGAAGAUCCUCGACAAGAAGCUUACCACAAUCGGCAACAUCGUCCACGACUCCGUCCCGGUCAGCGACAACGAGGACAACAACGAGAUCAUCAGAACGUACUGCCCAGAAGGGUUGACGGUGGAGAAGCGCGAGUGCCUCAGCCACCACGAGGUGCUCACCCGGCUCGACGGUUACGACCCGGAUCGGGGUAUCAAGGCGGUUGGACACCGGGGUUACUUCCUCAGGCAGUGGGGUGUGUUCCUGAACCAGGCCAUCAUCAACUUUGGUCUCGAGUUCCUCAGCAGCAAGAGCUUUGUGCCGCUGCAGCCGCCGUUUUUCCUGCUCAAAGAUCAGAUGUCCAAGACUGCCCAGUUGGAGCAAUUCGACGAGGAGCUGUACAAGGUUGUUGACGGUGAGGCAGACAAAUACCUCAUCGCCACUUCGGAGCAGCCCAUCUCCGUAUACCACGCAAAUGAGUGGUUGCUGCCGCAAGACCUGCCAUUGAGAUAUGCCGGAUACAGCACAUGCUUCAGGAAAGAGGCCGGUGGCCACGGCAGGGAUGUCUGGGGAACCUUCCGUGUUCACCAGUUUGAGAAGGUUGAGCAGUUCUGCAUUACCGAGCCGGAGAAGUCCUGGGAGAUGUUUGACGAGAUGAUUGCCAACUCGGAAGAGUUUUACAAGGCACUCGGCUUGCCAUACCGUAUUGUCGCUAUCGUCUCGGGCGCGUUGAACAAUGCGGCUGCGAAGAAGUUUGACCUGGAAGCGUGGUUCCCAUUCCAGGGAGAGUACAAGGAGCUUGUGUCUUGCUCCAACUGCACUGACUACCAGUCAAGAUCACUUGAGAUACGAUUCGGCACAAAGACGCAGACUUCUACCAAGAAGGAAUACGUUCACUGCCUGAACUCUACCCUCACGGCUACUUCAAGAACCAUGUGCGCUCUUCUUGAGAACUACCAAACAGAAGAUGGGUUUAAAGUACCGGAGCCUCUGCGAAAAUACCUCCCUGGAGCACCUGAGUUCAUUCCCUUCACCAAGGAGCUUCCCAAAGACAUCGCUGCACAGGCAAAGGCUCUCAAGGAGGCCAAAGCAGCCAGCAAGUCCCAGAAGGGCGCUGCGGGUGCCACUGGUGCUGCGAAGCAAAAGGUGGCGGAUGCCGCCGCCGCCGCCACUGGUGCCGUCUCGCAAGUUGCAGAGAAGUUGGGCGAGACUAAAGUUUGAGCAUCUUGGAUCCCGUGAAGUAUUCACCGGCGGCGGCUUGAGAUGAUAUUGAACGAGACUAUGGGUGAUUUUUCUAAAGAAAAGUACGUGACCAUUUGCUCACUGGAAUGUACCGAUAUGGAGCUUGGGCCCUGUCAUAAACACUAGAACUAGAACUAGUUCUAGGUCUAGAUCGACUAACAGAGGUGAGGUGACCGCAUCGGACCGAGACCUUGCUUAGGUAGCUAUUUUGCCCAGGUCUCCAUGUUAGGAUUCCUAAUCCCAAGAAAAGGCUACGUAGUCUUGGUAGUGAAGCUAGGGAAUUAUGAAUAGCAUUCAGGGCGGUUUGCCCUCAUCUACAGUUGCACA